GAACUGUCGAAUGUCGAUCUUUUCCGUAGUUUAACUUUUCUUCUCAAUCUUUCAAAAUGGUGUUUUAUUCUCGCGGGUUUCUUUAUAAAUUAAAUGAGUUAUUAUUAAAAUGAAUAGAAAUUUAAUAGUAAUAGAGUGUAUUCCACUUGGCCUGGUCAUAUAAAAUCGCGAGUGCUGUGUUUUACAUAGUUACGUGAGCUUGUAAAAAAAAUCAAACCGCAAUACAUCGAAAUUAAUUUUCGCCUGUGAUGUUAAAAAUCAGUUUUGUUAUUUAAAGCUUCUUACUGGACUUAAGAUGGAUAGUGUCGCGCGGCUGUAGCGGGCGGAACAUGUCGCAGACCGGCCUGAAGCAUAUCGCCACAGAACCGACGCGCCUCGAGACCAAACGGGAGAGACGACGCGGCGCGGCGGGGCGGGCGGCCGCGCUGCGCCGGGCUCCGUCAGACUCGGACUGCUCCGGAGAGACCGCGUCCCUGUCUGCGGACAGCGGAGACCGCUCCGUCAGGCCGGCGCCGCCGCCGCCACGCUCCGGCAAAUCUAGGAGUCGUCGUCGAGGCAGCGAGUGGGAGGUGCUGGAAGGGCUAAAGGACGGCCAACGCUUCGAGAAGCGGCCCGAAGUCUUCAACGGCUAUCUGCACAAGAAACGCAAAUGGCCGCUAAAAGGAUGGCACAAGCGCUUCUUCGUAGUAGACGGUGGUAUACUAGUCUACGCGCGCUCCCCUACGGACGUCGCGCGCGGACGCUUGCACGGCUCGGUGGACGUCGGCUUGUCCGUCAUAUCCGCCAAGGCCAGGCGGCGGCGGAUAGACAUAGACGCGGACGAAUUCAUUUACCAUUUGCGGGCGAAAACGCCGGACGUUUUCCGGACGUGGCUGAAUGUGCUGAAGACUCAUAGGUUAUAUAGACAACAUUUGCUUACAUUCGGUGCACGGGAAUCAGUUCCUAAAAUUCACGCACCCCUUGAAGAUUUGCCACCUACAGAUACAUCAUCACGGCUAAUAAGCCCCGCGACGCCGGUGCGCGGGCCGCAGGCGGGCUUCGUGUCCGGCACCCCGGGCGGGCGCUUGGCCGGCUGGAGCAUCGAGUCGGGCGGACCCCUGGACAGCGUGUCGCGCGAGCUGGGGCAGGCGCAGCUGUCGCUGCAGCAGCUGCAGGGGUACCUGGACGCGCUGGAGCUGCACCAGCAGGCGCACCACGAUACUGACGUAUCACUGGAGGGCGCGUCGCCGAACGUCAAGAAGGACCGGCGCAAGUUCGGGCUGCGCAAGAAAAAGUCCAGCAACAAAUGUGCUUCCGUGGAACUGGCUCCUCCGCACAUGGACGCUUCCAAUUCUCACAUGGCUCUGUCCGCCCUCACAGCGCCACCGUCACCAGGGGGCGGGGCUUCGUCUAUCCCCGCCUCCGCAGCCUCGCUUCCUAUUGCAUGUGCGGCCACGAGGCCUCAGUCGCUGCCCGGCGCGGAGGCACUCAACGCGCCCGCGAGCCUCUGCAGCCUCACCCCAGACCAGCAGCUGAGGGAGGACUUCACCGUGCUGGCUAAGGAUCUCGUCUGCAGUCUGAAGAAUGUUGUGGCCACGUUGGUGCGGGAGCGCGGGCGCGCGCGCGAGGCGGAGGGCGCACCGCUGCUGUCGGCGCUGCGCACGGACCUGUCCUCCGCGCUGCAGCAGAACUCCGCGGUCGCGCCUGUCCCGCAUACACGACACGUCCGACCUCGCCGAGAUCUCCUCGCUCGGACACAACUCCGCGCCGAAUCGUCCAUUCCAACACUCCCUGAGCUACAGCUCGUCGUGCGUCUCCGCCUCGGAGUUCUUUGACGCGGAGGAGCACGAAGAGAACCACAAGCAGAACGAAAUCAUCACCGCUGACGAGACAGGCGUGAUAGAACUGGACGGCGACUCGACCUCAGAAGCGGGAUCGCUAAGCAGUGAAGACGGCUCCGCAAGCUCCGACAACUCAGAUGCAGCCACAGAGCAGUCGACGCUGCGGCUGAACGAGAACGGGCCCAACACGUGGGUGCGCCGCACGCGCCUGCCGCACCCGCGCCCGUCGCCCGGCGGGCCCAGCCUGUGGAACCUGCUGUACAAAAACAUCGGCAAGGACCUCAGCCAGAUCUCCAUGCCGGUCACCAUCAACGAGCCCCUCAACAUGCUGCAGAGAUUAUGCGAAGAGCUGGAGUACUCGGAGCUGCUGGACGCGGCGGCCAAGAGCGUGGACGCGGUGGACCGCUGCGCGCUGGUCGCGGCGUUCGCGGUGAGCGCGUACGCGGCUGCGGCGCACCGCGCGGCGUCCAAGCCGUUCAACCCGCUGCUGGCCGAGACGUACGAGUGCGUGCGCGCCGACCGUGCGUUCAGAUUCGUGGCCGAGCAGGUAUCCCAUCACCCUCCCAUAUCGGCGUGUCACGCGGAGUCCCCGCGCUGGGUGUUCUGGCAGGAGGCGCGCAUCAAGACCAAGUUCUGGGGCAAGUCCAUGGAGUUCCAGCCCGCGGGUAGGGUCCACGUCAAGUUGUUGACUACGGGAGACCAUUAUAGUUGGAACAAGGUGACGACGUGCGUGCACAACCUGUUCGGCGGGCAGCGCUGGGUGGACCAGUACGGGGACAUGCACAUCGCGUGCCAGGGGACCGACAUCGGCUGCAAACUCAACUUUGUUAAGGCUAGCUCAUGGUCGAGCAGCAGGCACGAGGUGCGCGGCGCGGUGACGGUGGGCGGCAGCGGCACACGCCUGCGGCUGGCGGGCCGCUGGUCCGAGGCGCUGUACGCCGGCGACCCGCCCGCCGCGCGCUGCCUGUGGAGGCCCGGCGCGAUGCCCCCGGAGCACGAGCUGUACUACGGGUUCACGCGGUUCGCCAUGGAGCUCAACGAGAUGGAGCCGGGCAUGCGCGACGUGUUGCCGCACACCGACACGCGGCUCAGGCCGGACCAGCGAGCGUUGGAGGAGGGCGACGUGGAGGCGGCGGAGCAGUACAAGCACCAGCUGGAGCAGGCGCAGCGCGAGCGGCGGCGCGACUGUCCGGACAACGCCCCUGCAUGGUUCACGAAAGUGCUAGAAGGCAGCGAGGAGAUGUGGUCGUUCACGGGCGAGUACUGGAAGGCGCGCGAGGCGGGCUUCCCCACGCUGCAGGCGCCGCGCCUGUGGUGACUGCGCCCGCUGCUGCACCCUUUCCCGCAGCGCGAGGUGCUCUGCUAGGUUGUGCUUCGCUUAGCGUUUUAUAGCUUUACAUACAAACCGUUUUCGCCUUCAAGUUUUACUGUACGGAGCAGUAGAGGUGGCCCGACACACUGGAGUAUGGACAGUGUGUUUGUGAAUUAGGAAGAUAUAAUGUAUUGCUACUUAAAUACCUUCAGUAUAAUCAGAGUUUUUAGAAAGAUUUAUUUUGUGGGUACAUAAAUGAAAUAAAAUAUUCGUUCAGUUGUGUCUGCUAAAGUUAAUUUUAUUUACAUAUUGUAUAUUUUUAUUACAUUUUUCAAUCAAUUAAUUGUGGUAAAUAAUGCCCUCACUAAAUAAAUAUAUAUGAAUAUUUUAACUUAUUGUAUUAUAAUGAAAAUUGUACACUGAAUUAUUUUCUUGCGGAAGUGAUUCUGUUUUAAUUGAAAUGAUUUUAUUUUAUUAAUUGAUGUAAAUCGGCUACGCUAUUUUAAAAUGUAGCAAGUGACAUUUUCUAAAUAUUACAAAAUGUGAAACGUCUCACUCAUUUUCUAAAAAUAUAGGACUACGCUUAAGAUGUUGUGCAACUUACGGUUUCACUUCUGGUAUGUUUAGUUUAGGGACAUCAUUAUCUAAACAAAAUAUUCACAGAUCAUGUGAAGUUUAACGUGGCAGAAGAAUCCUGUAGGUAAUCAUGUAACAUAGCAUCAUAAGGAUGUUGAGAACCUUCCUUUCACAGUAUGCUGCAUAAUUUCACUGUACACCUUCAGUUUGACAAAGUUUAGACAACUGAAUCAAUCAUAGCAGCAGCACUCACUGUAAGAGAUAUCUUCAAAAUCUUCAAAUGGGUUAAGGAAAGAAAUCCAUUACUUUCCGUAAAUCGCAGAAGUAGAUAUGUAUAUCGAUCUUAUAUAUUUCUCUUUUAUCCACUCAGUCUUUGGCUCUCUAGUAUUUUUUUUAAUUUAAAUUUUAUUGUCACUUGCUAUAUUUUCAUAUUGCACAGUCGAAAUGUAAUUAAGUCCAUUUUCAAUGUGUUUGUUUGUCUACUAACAUACUGGAGUAAAGCUUUUGACUUAAAAACAAUUCUACAUACAAAUAUAUUGAAUAUACAUUUUAUGUAUGUAAACGGCUGUGAAAUUGUUUCCAGUUUAGCGACGUUAUUUUUGUGUUAAGCUUAUUGUAGUCAAUGUUGUUUUAAUUUGUUGCUUUAUUAUUAAGUACAAAUAAUCAGUAUUUUUACAAAAAAACUGUACAUAAUAUAGUAUAAAAACGAGAAAUGAAAUCUUUGACAUUUUUCGCACUAAAACUUACAGUUACUUAUCCAUCAAUAAUUAUAUAUAUUUUACUAAAUAAUAUAAUUUACUUAUAGUAUACAGUAUACAGUUCGUUUCAUAUAGGAUAGUGCGGGUGACAGUUCGUUUCACUCUUGAAAGUUUUGCCGCGAUAAUAGUACCAAUUAUGAACGUCAUACAGGUGACUGUCACUGUACCCAUGCUAUCUGAAAAGCACUUUAAACUGCAACAUUUCGUUGGUUUUGUAUAUAAAAGCGUUAAAAUAAGCAGAUGCAAUUGCGGGCUACUUCCAUAGUAUAGUGUGAUGUGUUUUAUUUAACAGGGACUUUUCGUAUUUCUUCUUUCACUUGUCCCCAUUAAAUAAAAUACUGGAUGUUUGAUAUAAAUUGUCAAUUGAUGAUUAUAUUAAGGCAGUAUUGUGUUAAGUAUUCCUUAAAACGAUUGUAGCUUCCUGUGGUACACCCAAAAACACACUGUUGACAUAAUUCAUUGACAAAGAAGAAGACAUUUUGCAGACAUAAUAAUUUACAAAAAUGCAAUAUGGGUCGGAAAUAGUACUUCCUUUUUUUUAAGUCCGUAAUAAUGUCCAAUAGAUACUAGAACUAUACAAUACUACAAUGAAUUCCAAUAACAUAAAUAUUUGUGCAUAUUUCCAUUAUUAUAACGUUUUUGUAACAUAUCAUGUCUUGAGUGUGUUUCAUGGUUGAUCGGUUGAUGUAAUAUAGACUUUAUAUCUCUCUAUUUUAGGUUUGAUUCAAAACGUAUCGCUAAUUUCAAUAGGCUACGAAAUAUAUCUCGAGAUGUACCAUCGUCUUUUCUAAAAUUGCUUAAAUAACCCCCGUUAAUGACUCUCUGAGAGGUUCAAAGUCUGGACUUCGAUACCCACCUGUUGGCCUAUUGUCGUACUUUUAACACGAGAAUUUUGCUUACUUAAUGGGGAAAUAGAAAAUUUGGUCAUUUUUAAAAAUAUUUGCUUAUAAAACAGUUUGUAUUAAUGAAACAUCUAUGCCAGUCAUAGUAAUUUUACAUAUAAACUACCUAAUUGAUUGUAAUAAAAAUUUUGAAUAAUUUCGAAUAAAGUGGACACUUUUUGUACAUACACGUGACGGUUAUAUUUCAUAGCCUAUAGUAGUUUUGUCUCUUCUAUAUUUGUCUAUUUCCUAAAAAAUAUCGAUGUUGUUAGUACUUAGCUCGUAAAUGGAAAAUGUUAUACCAUCUCAGUGGUACGAGUACAUUUUAAAUAAAAAUAAAUAAAUAUCAUCUAUUAUUAUAUAAAAUUGAAUUUUCAAAACUACUCUUGCUAAAUUUUUACCUUAAAACCAACUGCACUGACAAACAACCAACACAAGACGAAGUAAUUUUAAUACACAAGUAAUAUCUAAUCUAUUAAGUAAUAUAUUUACCAGUAUUUUUAAAAUUGGUAAAACAGUGUAAGUGGAAAUUUUUGUUUUAAAUUCGGCGAUUGUAAGCUGGUGAUAUAAGUAUAAAUCAACUUACAGCAUACCACAGACUAACAUGGAAGACAUUCCACAAUUCAGCAGGGCUAUUCUGUAACUUUGUUUUUUUAUAACUCUCAAGUGCGAGUUUCGAAUCCUACUCUGUCUCUCUCCGUCUAACGCGAUACUGUAGACAGAAAAAGAUGGAGGUGAAUUCGAAAGAUGCGAUAGCGAGUUAUAAAAAUUUCAUUACAGAAUAGCCCUCCAGAUUGUUCUAAAAAUUUGUGAUAUACAAGUACGAGUAAAAGCUAUUUUCAUGCAUGUUACAUUAAAAAUUUAAUGUACGUAAAAUCCUAAUUAUUCCGAUAAAAUUAAAAAAAUAGACAAGUUUGAUGCUACUGUGAUGGUGUAAUUUUUUAAUGAGCGUGUUGAACAUAGUUGGUAUAGGACGAACUUAGGGUGUAUAUUGUGAUGCUUUUGUAUUGUGAAUAAUUUAGCCAUGGUUGAAGUACAAUUAAUAUUUAAUAUACAACUACCCUCAGUUUUACUAAACUUUGGUGCGAUCAUAGCAAUCUUAUAUAAUUCAUAGUACAAACGUUACCGCUAACAUACAAUUACUUAUUUAUUAAUUGUGGGAAAACGCAAACAGUCUAAAACAAAAUCUAUGUGCGUACGCUGUAGCAUGGUACGGGUGACAGUACGUAUCUCUCUUGAAAGUUUGCCGCGAUUCCCGAUAAUAGUACGUAUUGUGAACGUCAUACAGUCAACUGUCACCCGCACCAUGCUACAGCACACAGUCACAUAGUGUAACACUUAUUGAUGAUGAAGUUCUAUUUUUAUCUAUACUUAAUAUUAUAAAGCUGAAGAGUUUGUUUGUUUGUUUGUUUGAUUGAACGCGCUAAUCUCAGGAACUACUGGUCCGAUUUGAAAAAUUCUUUCAGUGUUAGAUAGCCCAUUUAUCGAGGAAGGCUAUAGGCUAUAUAUUAUCCCCGUAUUCCUACGGGAACGGGAACCACGCGAGUGAAACCGCGUGGCGUCAGCUAGUAUGUAAUAAAAACAAAACUUCAAAUAAAAUGAUAUACUUGUAUAUACUUUUAUGGAACAUUUCUUUUAAAGUUAAUAUAAUUGCUAUUAUUACAAUGCAUCAGUAAAGUUUCGUGAUCCAGUGGGUAGGAUCAGUCGUUGAUAAUUAAUUAAGGUCGGAUUGUAUAGAAAUUGACAAUAUGUAAGAUGUCGUCAACAAUUUUUAUAAAGUGAGACCUAAAUUACAUUUAUUAUUCCACUCAAAAUAUGUAUUACUUAUUUGUGAUAAUAAUGCAAGAGAUUUAUGAAAAUACCUAAUAUAAUAUUUAUACAAUAAAUGCAAUAAAUAUAUUAUAAUACUCGAUUAAAAUAUUAAUUAAUUAAAUGUAUAAACAGUAUAACAAAUAACAAUUACAAGUAUGAACAUUGAGUGAAAACUUUUAGAAAUUCUCUAUUAAUAAAAUAAAUAAAAAAAGACAAUUUUGUGUCAUUAUUAGUAACUAUAUGUUGUCACUUAACAAUGUAGCUCAUUUAAUUUACCUCACGAAUUAAUUAGUAUAAUAUUAUUUUGGCGUAUUAGUUAUCAAUAUAUCUAUUAAAAAGUAUAGUCAUAAUAAGUUUUGUAACCGAUACGUCAAAUUUCUCAACCAUAACACUUUCAAUACACAUAAUUAUUAGUGUUGUUUUUGAAAACAUAUUCAUUAUAUUAUUAUAAGCUGACCUAACAUAGCAAUUAUAAUUUUUAUUUAAUAUAAUAUUAGAAUGUAUGGUGACGGAUUUUUCACUGAAUUCAUGUAAUUAUUCUAACAUUGCUCGCAGAAUAUUGUGAUUGUCGUUUUAAAGUCGUGACUGGUUUACGCAGCGACCGUCGAGCAUUGAACAGUGUUGUGCCGUGAGACACACAACUAACGUCAGGACGCUCAGAGAUUGCGGUUUUGACAGGCAACAGGGACAAACAUAUUCAAUAGGGAUGAUAACAGUUUUUUAAAUUGUAUAUUAAUUAGGAGUAUGCUUGUAAUAAAGCAAUUUUAUAAAAGUUACAGGAUAUCUGUGAUCAUUAAUUUCGGAGCUACAGGGAUUUAAAGGGUCAUAUUUGCGGCGCUGCCGCGGAUCCCUGAACGCCCCGUGUUUUUUCAACAGCACGAAUUAAUGACGUCGUUGAUCAUAAUGAUCGUUAGAUUUCUAUAGGCGUUCAAACAAAAUUACAAAUAUCUUUGUUAUUUGUGCGUUUGAUGUUUAUAGUUCAUGUAUUGAUAGAUGUCACGUUUAAUGUUAGGAAGCUAAAAAUGUAUGAAUUUUCAUUUAAUUACGAUAUAAGAUUUUUUGUAAAUAUCCAAGACAAUAUUUUCAUUUUUACAUAUAAAUUAGUUAAUAUUGACCUUAUAUACCCGAAUGUCUUAUAAAAAUCAAUAUAUUCAAACCUAGUUAUCAUCCCCAUUACAAUUGCCAAGUUUUUGUAUGUCUCUCUCUCUUUUGUCGUUACAUCGCCCACCUGUCAAAAACGCUAUCUCUGAGCAGCCGGACUUUACAGUAUCAUAUAUUCGCACGUUUAAAUUACCAGCUGCUGUGCUAUGUAAGUGCGGUGCUGAGUAAGUAGGUGACGACCUUUACUUUAUUAUUAUCAUGAUAGUAGCUAUAAUAUCAAAGUACCUAAUUUAGAGAUUUAGUUUGUUCCUUUUAUACGGGUGUAUAAGGUUAUUAUUAUUUUAAUAUAAAAAUGUAAACAUUACUUAAACAGUAUUGUUACAGUUUAAAUAUGUAGAUUCAACAGACAAGUUUUUCUAACAAUACAAGCAUACAAGUAUACAAAUCUAUUAUUGAGAUCUUUUGUAAGGAGUAUGCUGAAUAUGUCACAAAUUGAAGUUCGCGGCGCUACAGACUAACGGACGACAAUUGUUUUUAAUACUAAAUAGUUUUGUCAGAUUUGAUGAAUUGACAAUAAAGUAGUUUUUUUCACAUAUAGAUUUAAGGAUAAAUUGCACGAUGAGAGUUUCUGGAAUACAAGCGACAUCACUAUGGGAUGGGAUUGUUGCAAGAAAAAGCUAUCACUCGCAUUUCUCAUACAUCCAGUUCCUCGAAACUAUCCUUGUGUAAUUUAGCCUUUACUGUUUUUAUUGUUAGAUAUUGUUGUGGUGUUAUGUAAUAUAUUGUAUAAAAUUGCCAAUACGUCUGGGGUAGUUUUGAUGUUAAAUGACAAAAAAUAUAAUUAAUUUAUGUAUUUACAAUGAUAUACCUGGGUGACAGAGCUUCGCACGUUUUUUUAGCAAAAUCGUAUUUCUUAUGACGUUGCUACGCUAUCUCGUAGAAUAUAAGUUAAAGUAGAUAGAGAGGUUAUUUUUCACGAAAAUCUGACAAAUCAUACUUCCUUCUUUUCUUCGGCUUUAGUUAUAUCAGACAAGCGGCGUAUUUGUACCGUCGCGUCGUGGAUAAAAAAGGUUGUAUUUAAUAUAGCGGCUAGCGACAUUUUAUUUUUACGAUAGAAGUCGUUGAGUAUAUAUUUAACUCAUUUUGUUCAUUAGAAACUAAGUGAUUGGCCUUGAAAUUUUGCUCUAUAAGUUUGAUCACAUUAAGAGUUUUUUAGCGUUGAUUCUUUAAUUCUUCUUCAAAUCCUAUAUAUAGUUCCUCACAAUAUUGGUAUCUAUUAAUAUUUUAAAAAGUAAUAGUCAAUUUAAAAUUAUUCGUCUAAAUAAUAUACGUUUAACAAAUGAUAAUCAUAAUAUUUUUAAAUAACGUUAUUAACAAUAGCGUCCAUUGGGUUACAUCUCGUGUGUCACAAAACAAAUUAAUAGAUGUAGAAGUACUAUUAUCCUUUUCACAAUGUUAAUUUUGUAAGACAAUUUAGUUCAAAUAUUGUAUACGUACAAGCAAACCAUCACAUUUGUAUCACUGUAAUAUAGUGAACUAGUGGACGCCCGCGACUUCGUCUGCGUAAAUUUCGAUGUCAACUUUACUACUACUCCUACCCUACCCUACCCCUACCCUACCACUACCCCAACCCUACCCUACCCAACCCCUACAUCUACCAUACCCCUACCCUACCCUGCCCUACCCCUACCCCAACCCUACCCCUACCCUACCCCAAACCUACCCCUACCCUACCCCUACCUUACCUACACCCUACCCCCAUCUUACCCCUACCCCCAUCCAACCCCUACCCCCAUCCUACCCCUACCCUCCCCGUACCCUAUCCCUUUCCUACCCCUAUCCCACCCGUACCCCUAUCUCACGCCUAUCCUACCCCUACCCUACCACUUCCCUAUCCUACCCGUACCUCUACCCUACCGCUACCCUACCUAUACCCCUACCCUACCAAUACCCUAAACCCGGCCCUAAACCUACCCUACCCCUACACUACCCCUACGCGUCCCUACCCGUAGCCUACCUUACCCUGUAACUUCUCUAUCUUACUCCUACCCUUAGCAAAAUCGGUCCAGUCUUUCGAGAGUGGUGGUAUGACCAAGAGAAAUAGGAGGUAAUCUCUGGAUCUACUGGACCGAUUUGGAAAAUUGUUUUACCAAUAGAAAGCUAUGUUAUUUGCGAGUGUUAUAGGCUAUGUUUGAUCCCCAUAUUCACACGGAAACGGGAACUCGUAAAUGAAAGCGCCGGGCGUCAUAUAGCGGAAUUACUGCGUCUUUUAGAAAUUUUGUAUUAUCUCCGAAACUAUUUAAGUAAUUAACAUACUGUAAAGGGCAAAUCUUAUCUCCAUAAUAUCCUUGUGAUUAUUAAAUAAUUUAUUUUAAUAAGGAUUAAAGUUUAGUUGUAUAAAUAAUGACGUAAACCUAAGUAUAUAAAAUUAAUAAUUUUUAAAACACAAAAGGUACUAUAUCUGCUAAUAUAUAGAAGAUAGAUAUAUGGCGUCGCGGACUUUUUUGUAGAACUUUUAAAGAUACAUAAAGUCUCCAUACAUUAAUUUCAAUUUUACACAAUGGUUAAGGCAGCGCAUGCGAAUAAGUCUGUUUAAAAGGUUUUUAGUCCGACCUGUAUGACAAAAACUGUGAUAACUCGGCUAAUAUAUAUGAUACCAAUAUAAAAUAUAGCCUAUAGCACUCCCCGAUAAUGUAGCAUUCUACUGGUGAAAGAAUUUUUAAAAUCGGACCAGUAGUUCCGAAGAUUACCCCAUUUAAAAAAUGUGACAAACUUACAAACUUACAAACUUUACCUCUUUAUAAUAUUAGUAUAGAUAGAUUAGUAUAGAUGUACCUAUGUUCAUAGAAGCCCAUUUAAAGAACACUAAUUAUAGGAGGUAAGGUCGAGCUAAUUGCGUGCGCGGUGGCCCUAAUGGGCUAUAACCUUAAACUGGUCAUUACACAUAGCAUUGUCUAGUGUUGAAAAAGCCUCUAACGCUUCAAAGGUUUCCUCCGAAGGCUUUUCUAAAAGAAAACUUUCUAAAUAAUAAUAAACAAGGUUUAUUCUUUCUAUCACUAAUAAUAAUAAAUUGACUUUUGAAAGAACAAAACAAAGUAUUCAUUGAUAUAAUCUAACUACAAGUGUUGUAGGUAUUAAACAACAACUAUACAAUGAUUUUAUUGGAAAGUAAUACUUAGAUAUAGUUUUUUUAAUAUUUAAGUGCGUUGUUUUGUAAAUAAUUUCAUGGUGUUAUUAUUUAAUAUAUAAAUUGUGAGGGAAUUUUGACAUUAUGCAAUAAUGUUUGUACUUUUAAUUGUGAUUCCAAUUUUUAAUGUAAUUAAAAUUAUAUUGAAAUAAAUCACUAACAGGUUUA